AUGCCGCCCAAGAAGAAACCAGGAUCGGCUGGGAAGGGCAAGAAAAAAGCCGUCAAGAAUGCUGUCGGUGAUGGAAACGGUGAGCUGGACGUGGGCGAGAAACUUACCAAGGCCGGCGUCGAGAUCGACGUCCUCAUUCGCGAUCUGGAGUUUAAAACGGACCUCAACAGCCGACUGCAGAGCCAACUCACGGUGCAGAAGCAAAGCAUGAUGGACAUGGAAGAGCAGCUGGAGACCCGGUCCAAGGACCGCCUCGAGCUCUCCGCAGACAUGAGCCGGCAGUACAAGUGCAUGCAGUCGGAGAUGGCCUCGAAGAUCAACCAGCUGGAGAACCAAGUGGCAGAGCUCAGGACGAAGCUGGCGGCCACCCAGAAUGCCGCUCAGGAAGCCGCCAAGGAGCACGCCCGCGCCAUCGAGGAGAAGGAUUUGAUCAUCGAGGACCAGAAUGCCAAGAUGGCGUACAUGUCCAGCGAGUUCGAGGCCAUGCUCAAUGAUACACUGUCAAAGAUGACCAAGAAGCUCGAGGUUGUCAGCCAGCAGUGGAAGGAGAACGACAACAUCCAUCUCUCCGAGACAAGCCAGCGCCGUCUGGCCGACUUCAAGCUCACGAGGCUGGCCCUCGGCCGGACGGACUGAGUGGUGUUGACGGCAUGUCCAACAGGCAGCUGCCGCCGGAGAGAUACAUGGGCCGAGCCACCCCCUGGAGGUGCACGUCGUGAACCUCCGUUCCAAAAGAUGUGAUCUGCAGCCCGUUGCGAUUCAGUCCUGCCGAGCAGCUUUGUAAUUUGCGCACUUUUUUUGGUGUGAUCUGUGGGAUUUGUAUGAGGUCCCACCAAUUGUGGAUGAAAGUCUGCGGAGUGGGUUGAUCAAGCAUCAAAGUAGCCAGACCAAGAAACCAGGCGUCGAAACAAACCCAGAGCCCUAUUAUCAUUGGAAUCUGACACAGAAUGGGCGACGGAGUGGCGCUGCUGGGACUCAUCAAACAGUCUAGACAGGUCGCAGUUCGUAGUGAAAGAUCAAUAUUACGGACUCUGGCUGAAUAUUACACUAUUUGAACAAGCCGAGCAAAGAAGGCAAAAAAAAAAACAAGCAAAGAGGCUCAAGGGGACCA